AAGGAAGUGAGCGGCGGCGGCGGCGGCGGCCUCAGCGGCGGCCGCGGCAACGAGGCCGCCUCACGCCGGAUCCCAGGCGGGGGAAAAGCCCGUCUACCCCGGGGAGGGUGGGGGGAAACGCCCGCCAGGGACCCUCCCAGGCCCAGCACGGGAGGACUACAAGCCCCAUCGGGCACCGCGGCAGCGCCAGGCCUACCGAGCCCUCUGAGGCGGCGCCGGCCAUGGGCGGAGGGGCCGCCGGCCGCCAGGAUUAGAAGAAUCCUUGGUCUCCGUGAUCCCGCCAUCCAUUCGUUUGGCCCCCGUGCUAAUCCGUGGUCAUGUCGAAGUUAAAGUGCUCGGAGUCGGUCAGGGUUGUCGUACGAUGCCGGCCCAUGAACAGCAAAGAGAAAGUGGCCUCCUAUGAACAGGUGGUGGAAGUGGACGUGAAAUUGGGGCAGGUCUCGGUGAAGAACCCCAAGGGGACAUCUCACGAGCUUCCAAAGACCUUCACCUUCGACGCCGUUUAUGACUGGAGCUCCAAACAGUUUGAGCUUUACGAUGAGACUUUCCGGCCGCUGGUGGACUCGGUCCUCCAGGGGUUUAACGGGACCAUUUUCGCUUACGGGCAAACCGGGACCGGGAAGACGUACACCAUGGAAGGCGUGCGUGGAGACGUUGAGAAGCGAGGGGUCAUCCCCAACUCCUUCGACCACAUCUUCACCCACAUUUCCCGCUCUCAGAACCAGCAGUAUCUGGUGAGGGCCUCCUACUUGGAGAUCUACCAAGAAGAAAUCAGGGACUUGCUCUCCAAGGACCAGUCCAAGAGGCUGGAGCUCAAGGAGAGGCCCGACACGGGGAUCUACGUCAAGGACCUCUCCUCCUUCGUCACCAAAAGCGUGAAGGAAAUCGAACACGUCAUGAAUGUCGGGAACCAGAACCGCUCGGUGGGCGCGACCAACAUGAAUGAGCACAGUUCGCGCUCCCACGCCAUUUUCGUCAUCACCAUCGAAUGCAGCGAGGUUGGGCUGGACGGGGAGAACCACAUACGGGUCGGGAAGUUGAACCUGGUGGACCUGGCGGGCAGCGAGCGCCAGUCCAAGACCGGCGCCCAGGGGGAGAGGUUGAAAGAAGCCACGAAGAUCAACCUCUCCCUCUCUGCCCUGGGCAACGUCAUCUCUGCCCUCGUGGACGGCAAAAGCACCCACAUCCCCUAUCGGGACUCCAAGCUGACCCGGCUGCUCCAGGACUCCUUGGGGGGCAACGCCAAGACCGUGAUGGUCGCCAACAUCGGCCCCGCCUCCUACAACGUGGAGGAGACCCUGACCACUUUGAGAUACGCCAACCGUGCCAAGAACAUCAAGAACAAGCCACGGGUCAACGAAGACCCCAAGGACGCUCUCCUGCGGGAAUUCCAGGAAGAAAUUGCCCGCCUGAAGGCUCAGCUGGAGAAAAGGUCCAUCGUCAAGAGGAAGAAGAAGGAGAGGAGGAGAGACGGCGGCAUGGGCGAGGAGGAGGAGGAGGAAGAAGAGGAGGAGGAGGAGGAGGAGGAAGGGGAGCAGGAGGAAGGGGCGGACAAAGACGACUACUGGAAAGAGCAGCAGGAGAAGCUGGAGAUCGAGAAGAAGGCCAUCCUGGAGGACCACAGCUUGGUGGCCGAGGACAAGAUGAGGCUCCUGAAGGAGAAGGAGAAGAAGAUGGAAGACCUCAAACGGGAGAAGGAGGCCGCCGAAAAGCUGGGUGCCAAAAUCAAGGCAAUGGAGAGCAAGCUCCUUGUUGGUGGGAAGAACAUUGUGGAUCACACCAACGAGCAGCAGAAAAUCCUGGAACAGAAACGGCAGGAAAUUGCUGAGCAGAAACGCCGGGAACGGGAAAUCCAACAGCAGAUGGAAAGUCGGGAUGAAGAGACCUUGGAGCUGAAGGAGACCUAUAGCUCCUUACAGCAGGAAGUGGACAUCAAAACUAAGAAAUUGAAAAAGCUGUUUUCGAAGCUGCAAGCUGUGAAGGCCGAAAUCCACGACCUGCAGGAGGAGCACAUCAAAGAGAGACAAGAACUGGAACAGACCCAGAACGAGCUGACUCGGGAGCUCAAGCUGAAGCACCUGAUCAUCGAGAACUUCAUCCCUUCGGAGGAGAAGAACAAGAUCAUGAACCGGUCCUUCUUUGACGAGGAGGAGGACCAGUGGAAGCUUCACCCCAUCACUCGACUGGAGAACCAACAGAUGAUGAGACGGCCGGUGUCUGCUGUGGGGUACAAGAGACCCCUGAGUCAGCAUGCGAGGAUGUCCAUGAUGGUCCGUCCAGAAGCUCGGUACAGGGCUGAAAACAUUGUCCUGCUGGAACUGGAUUUGCCCAGUCGGACCACGAGGGAUUACGAGGGCCCAGCCAUCGCCCCCAAAGUCCAGGCAGCCCUAGAAGCCGCUUUGCAAGAUGAAGAUGAGAUCCAAGUGGACGCGUCGACUUUUGAGAGUACGUCGAACAAGAAAUCUAAAUCCCGGCCUAGAACCGGAAGGAAGUCCAGCGGCUCCCCCUCCAGCACCUCCAGCUCUCAGCUGUACCCGCAGUCUCGCGGGCUGGUUCCCAAGUAAACGCGAUUGCUCCUGUUUUUGAGGGCGUGGCUCCCAUUGGGCCGUCAACGCAGAGCCAAGUUAACAACCUGCCAAGGGGGCUGGGAGGACUUCAAAGAGGCCAGAAGAAGAGGGCCUUUUUUUUAAAAGAAGAAAACAGCGCGCGCCCCCCCCCCCCUGCCCCUAGGUAGGACGGGUUCCCGAGGGCUGCCUCUCGCCUGCGCGGGGGAAGGAACCGUUUGCUCCUUGGCUAAUGGGGUCGGAGACGAAAGGAGCCUUUAGUUAGGAAAUCAGAAAUGCAUGAGUUACAUUAGUGUGUGUUAGAAGCCCGAGAGGAGCAUGGGUGGGUGGGGUGGGGGGGGAUAUCCCCUUGCCCUCUCCCUCCCUAUGACCUUCUCUCUUCCCUUUAUGGUCUUUCGCUCUCUCUCCCCCCUCCACCCCCCGGCUCUUUCGUCCUUGGAGCCGAAGGCAAAUCUCACUGCAGUCACCUCGAUGACGCCCGAGAACAAGGUUGAGAAGUGACCAGAGGAUUUCCCCCCCCCCCCCCACUUUCCACUAGCCAUGAUGACUAUUUUCCCCACUCCCCUUUCCAUCAAAAGGACUGGAUGGGUGAGGGUUGGAUCGAAAAUGCCUCCAAAUUGGAAAAGAGGCGAGAUUGAAAGGCAUCCCCCCUCUCCCCCCCCCCCGAGAGCUUUUGGUACAAAUGGCAAGGGGAAAGGUUUCAAAACCUACUUUCUCCUUUUUUCCCCCCUUUUGGCAAUAGAAGGUAGGAAGCUGACCAAUCCUUUUCUUGUUUGCAAGGAGGGGUUUUUUAAAAAAUGGUUAGACUGUUCGCUGGAGACCUCAGCCAUGAAGACCAGCAGAGCCUAUUUGGUCUAACAGUCGCCCACACCACAGCUCCGGCCACCUUCCUCACCUCUCUGCGCCAUCUCAAUCUCUACAACCUGGGAGCGUUCAGCAAACGAUGCUUUCUUGUCUUCCACUGUAGCUUACCUGACCUUGCUUCGUGUGUCCCCGUUUCCCUUCCUCCCUCAGGAGAAAUUAAACCUGGGGGGGGGGGGCAGAGGGGGGCUUCUUCUGCCCUCCUCUCCAUAUCCCCCUCCUCACAUUUAAUUGGAGCCAUGUUUGAGAAGGGCUCCGUGGGCAAGGCUUCUGCAUACCUUCUUCCAACUCCCGUCCUCUUUCGCUCCUAAUUCCCUAGUUAAGAAGAAGAUACCGAGCAGCGGGUGUGGGAAUGCUGCUGAAAGGGGUUGGGGGGGGUCCAACGGCUGAAGGCUGUGCCCCCCCGCCCCCCUUUGUAUUGUUUUAUAGUUCGGUUUGUAUAUUUAACACAGUUGCACAUUGGAAGUUCAGUUGUCUCUCUUUUUUUUUUUACGUUGACGGUCAUAACUGUGAAUAUAUUCUCA